AUGGCUACCCCGCCUGUACUAUCUUUCGAUACUGAGGGCCGCCCAGUGAAGUUUGAUACUUGGCUUGAUGACCUGCACCUCUUCCUGCAGCUCACUGCCAAGGAGGAUAUCUCCCUGUAUGACCACGCCCUCGGCCAUGCUCCUGCCCCUGCUACUGAUGCUGACAGCACUACCCGCUCACAGUGGCAGACUCGUGACGCUCACGCUCGCUUUGCCAUCCGCAACUCCCUGCCGUUAGAUGAGCGCGAGCACUUUGGCCAGUGCAAGACAGCUAGGGACCUCUACACCGCUGUAGUUGCCCGUUACUCCUCACCCGCUUCUGCUACGCUAGGCCGCCUCACUCUUCCCUACCUGUUCCCCGACCUAGCCUCCUUUCACACUGUCGCAGACCUCAUCACCCACCUUAAGACUAGUGAGGCCCGCUUUCGCGCUGCUAUGCCUGCCGAGUUUCUCACUAGCAACCCCCCCCCGCUCUGGAUCACUCUCUACCACAUCGUCACCCGCCUCCCUGACUCUCUGCGCACAGUCAGGGACCACUUCCUCUCUCGCUCCCCCACUGAGCUCACUGUUGCCCUCCUCGAGAAGGAACUGCUUGCAGCUGAGGCGAGCAUCGUCGCUGUAGGCACCUCUCGUGGCGACCCCCGCACCCCGUUCUUCGAGGGGUGUUCCCCUUCCCCCCUCCUCCCCUCUGUCGCCUCUGCUGCUGCUGUCGACCUCCUUGGUGCUGAGAAGGUCGGGACCGCGUCUGCUUCGAGCGGGCGCCGCAGGGGCAAAGGGGGCAGGGGUGGGGGUGGUGGCGGAGGAGGUGGGGGUGGAGGCGGUGGGAGUGGAGGCGCGGCUGAGGAGGCUAGUGGCGGUAGUGGGGGAGGCGACAGCAGCGGCGGGAGUGGUGGCAGGGGCGGAGGCGACAGCGGAGGCGGAGGUGGUCGUGGUGGCGGCAGGGGUGGAGGUGGCCGGGGCGGAGGCGGAGGAAGUGGUAGUCGUGGGGGCACUGGCGGAGGGCAGACUGCCGCGCUGGCCUGA